CCUGCCCGCCGCCGUGAAUUCACCAGCGGGAGCGCGCUCGCGGCCGCGCGUUCUUCGCUUUCCCGGCUCCGUCGCUGACGCGUCGUAGACGUUGGGGAGCGGAGGACAGCAGCAGCGGGUCGGGAUGAACAGCGGCGGCGGCUUCGGUUUGGCUUUAGGCUUCGGCCUUACCCCUACGGCGGUGAUUCAGGUGACCAAUCUGUCGUCGGCGGUGACCAGCGAGCAGAUGCGGACGCUUUUUUCCUUCCUAGGAGAAAUCGAGGAGCUGCGGCUUUACCCCCCAGACAACGCACCUCUUGCUUUUUCUUCCAAAGUAUGUUAUGUUAAGUUUCGUGACCCAUCAAGUGUUGGCGUGGCCCAGCAUCUAACUAACACGGUUUUUAUUGACAGAGCUCUGAUAGUUGUACCUUGUGCAGAAGUGAUGCAGCCAACACGAACGGUUGUCAUGUGUAACACAACUUUCGAUCACCGCGAAAACACCGUCCUGGGAAAGCGUCCAUGCUUGAUAUCGUUUGGUUCAUGAACAUUAAGUUUCCAGUACAGGUAAAAUUCCAGAGGAAUCCAAAGCCCUCUCUUUAUUGGCUCCUGCUCCGACCAUGACAAGUCUAAUGCCUGGUGCAGGCUUGCUUCCCAUACCGACCCCAAAUCCCCUGACUACAUUGGGUGUUUCCCUUAGCAGUUUGGGAGCCAUACCAGCAGCAGCACUAGACCCCAACAUUGCAACACUUGGAGAAAUACCACAGCCACCACUUAUGGGAAAUGUGGAUCCUUCCAAAAUUGAUGAAAUUAGGAGAACAGUCUAUGUUGGCAAUUUGAAUUCCCAGACAACGACAGCUGAUCAGCUACUUGAAUUUUUUAAACAAGUUGGAGAAGUGAAGUUUGUGCGGAUGGCAGGUGAUGAGACUCAGCCAACUCGGUUUGCUUUUGUGGAAUUUGCAGACCAAAAUUCUGUACCAAGGGCCCUUGCUUUUAAUGGAGUUAUGUUUGGAGACAGGCCACUGAAAAUUAAUCACUCCAACAAUGCAAUAGUAAAACCCCCUGAGAUGACACCUCAGGCUGCAGCUAAGGAGUUAGAAGAAGUAAUGAAGCGAGUACGAGAGGCUCAGUCCUUUAUCUCAGCAGCCAUUGAACCAGAGUCUGGAAAGAGCAAUGAAAGAAAAGGCGGUCGAUCUCGUUCCCACACUCGUUCAAAAUCCAGGUCUAGCUCAAAAUCCCAUUCUAGACGAAAAAGAUCACAGUCAAAACACAGGAGUAGAUCCCAUAAUAGAUCACGUUCAAGACAAAAAGACAGACGUAGAUCUAAGAGCCCACAUAAAAAACGCUCUAAAUCAAGGGAGAGACGGAAGUCAAGGAGUCGUUCGCGUUCACGGGACAAGAGAAAAGACACCCGAGAAAAGAUCAAGGAAAAGGAAAGAGUGAAAGAAAAAGAUAGAGAAAAGGAAAGGGAAAAAGAGAGAGACAGGGAGAAGGAACGUGAAAAAGAAAAGGAACGGGGUAAAAACAAAGAGAAAGACCGGGAUAAAGAACGGGAAAAGGACCGGGAUAAAGACAAGGAAAAGGACAGAGAGAGAGAGCGGGAGAAAGAACAUGACAAGGAGCGAGACAAGGAAAAGGAACAGGACAAAGAAAAGGAACGAGACAAGGACAGAUCGAAAGAGAUAGAUGAGAAAAGAAAGAAGGAUAAAAAAUCCAGAACACCACCCAGAAGUUACAAUGCAUCAAGAAGAUCUCGUAGUUCCAGCAGGGAAAGGCGUAGGAGGAGGAGCAGGAGUACUUCCAGAUCACCAAGAACAUCAAAAACUAUAAAAAGGAAAUCUUCUAGAUCUCCAUCCCCUAGGAGCAGAAAUAAGAAGGAUAAAAAGAGAGAAAAAGAAAGGGACCACAUUAGUGAAAGAAGAGAGAGAGAACGUUCAAGCUCUACAAGAAAGAGUUCUAAUGACCGAGAUGGAAAGGAAAAGUUGGAGAAGAACAAUACUUCACUUAAAGAGAAGGAACACAAUAAAGAACCAGAUUCAAACGUGGGCAAAGAAGUAGAUGACAAGGAUGCACCAAGGACUGAGGAAAACAAAGUACAGCAAAAUGGGAAUUGUCAGCCAAAUGAAGAAAACCUCUCUACCAAAACAGAAGCAGUAUAGGACUGACAAAUGCACCUCUGAACACAUGCUGGAAUAAAAUCCAAAGCUUUUGAUUCUCUCGACAAGAUGUUAAACAGUGAAGAAAUCCAGUUGAGCAUAAAGAUACAGACUAACAGCUUUUCUAGUUGUUAGGUGACUUUGUGGCCAUCUUGUUAUGGAGUAAGAAAAUAAAGCAUGGACAUCGUGAAAAUAACACGUGUUACCCAAACUCAUCUUCUAGAAUCUGUGCAUUUCCAUGGUGGCUGACACACUUGUCAUGUGGUUUGUUAGUGUUUGCCAAGAACUAUUACAAAUAAAUGGGACAUCAAAAAUCCAAAUUUGUACUAUCCGUAAAGACUGGAGAUAAGCAUUGGAGACUCUUUUAAAAAAUGGUAGUUGCUGAAUUUUGUAUUGUUUUACUUUUUUUUCCUUUUUAAAUUUCAGUAUAUACAGAUUUGAUGAUGUGCUUGAAAUCGGUGCAAAUAUAUACACACCCUUGUAAGUGCAGAGUAUGUAAGAAGUUUUAAACAUUUACUUCACAGGAUUUACGGUGAUUGUGUUAAAUUCUCACUAUUGUGUUUUCUUUUGCUCACUGUUUAGGACAACAGUUUUUGUUUUUGUUAAAAUAGUUUUACAGACUAAAAUUGCUUAACCUAAGAGGUUUAACAAACAACUGACAAUGCAUGCUCCUGUUCUCUUUCAAAAGGAAGAGCACCCAUGUCGAAUACUAAUAAUAAUGUAUUAGUAUUCGGUGUUUAGAGUCAUUGGGUCUCCCCACAAAGUAAGCAUUUCUUUUUGAACUUUGUUGACAUUUCCAAGCUUAUUAGGAAUAACAUUGCAGUGUGUGUUGUCCGCUGUGGGUGGCAAAGGUGCCGUUAUGAAAAGAAAACUGGGUUUUCAAAAUGGGCUAUGGGAGCACAAGCUGAAGCUUUAGUGCCUUCUACAGUGUGGUAUGCUGUUUUCUAGAAUUUUAUAUGUGCUAGUCAUUCUCAGUUCAUAGGGAAUGUAGAUGGAUAUUCCAUUCACUCCCAGAGAGAAGUGUGCAAGUGGUAUGUCAGAAGAGCUUCUUACAUAGUUCACCUAACAUGAGGGAAGUCCUGUUUUCAAGAAUGACUUUAGAGCUUAAAACAACCAUGCGGUUUUGGGACCAUCAGUUUUAUACUGUGAUAAUUGAAAAUGAAGCAUGUUCGUUCUUACUUGACUUAAAUCAAAGCAAACACUUUCGUUGUCUCCAUUGGAUGGCCUUAAUUAUUACCUCUUAAUUAUCUUCUCAUAAAUGAUGUGCAGAAAUUCUAUGUAAAGGAGAACACAUGAGGUUAUUUGUUUUAAGGAUAUGUUUACUUGAGUUUAAAAUAUAGGUCAUCCAUUACUCUUAGGCUCACUUUCUGCAGGAAGUAACAAGUAGUAAAAUGACAACAUUGCUAAUAUUUUCCCCCAAAGCCAUAACUCAUAGUUUCAGAAAUCUUUUCAUUAUUGUUUUGUUUCCCCGAAGUUACACCUUUUAAUUAGCAUGUUAUUAAAAAAAUCAAGUAUAAUUAUUUUAAUGCAGUCUAAUACAAUCAGAUUACUCCGUUGCCUUACCUCAUGGGAAGAAUUACUUAUAGAUUUAAAAAGCUGAGUAGCUCAUCAGUUACUUGGUUUCAACUUGAGUUUUCUUUUAAUGUUAAUACUAUUGAAACUUAAGUAUUUGGUAGAGAAUGGAAAGAAUUGCCCUUAUUGCAAUGAAGCCUGGUUUGAUUAUGAAGCUGCUUAAUUACUCUUUCAUGUGUUCAGAAUUACUGUGUUUUUUUUUUCCUUUUUGUCACUGUGUACAUUAAAAUUUUUGAAAAUGCUUUACUAUGUAAAGUAUAGAUGGUCAUUUUAAUCAUUCAACCACAUAAGGUUGGCUGGUAAACAGCUUAUUCUGAUACAAGAAUGCUUGGGUGCAUAUGGAAAGAUUGUGAAGGAGUGUGUGUCUUGCAUCAACAAUUGUCUUAUUUAUAAUAUGUAAGUAGAAUAGAGCAAAUGUUUGAAUCUUUGUUAUUUUUAGUACCAUUUCUCUAAUAAAGCUAAGUAUUUUAGAGGAAA